UGCUCGCGAGCAUCACUUUGACAGUGUUGUUGAUGAGUGCGAGUUCGAAUUUGAUGACUUGUGACACUCAAUUGGGGCAAAAUCGGUGCGGAUCAGUGGCGGUGUGCACAUGUGAUGGAUUACUUUUCCCGGACCUCGAGAACGUGAAUUCGAAAUGCAAGGGGUGCUCUUCAUGCCUCAGAAUCCACAGCAGGGGUCGCCGCCGCCAAACAACACUCUAGUUCCCGAUAUUACCAUGGAGGUAGAACCCGAAUCCAGGAAGGAGGAAAGCACCCAAAGCGACUCCGGCAUCUUCUCCGCCACCAACACCACCGCCACCAUGGACCCUUGCGACACCGACAACCGCAGCGACUGCAGCUCCCCCGAACGCAAGUACGUCUGCCCCAUCUGCGACACCAUGCUGACCUCCCAGCACGAAUUCACCCUCCACAUCCGAUCUCACAACAACGAAACGGAGGCCCAAGACGACAAGGGCUUCACGUGUCGCAUUUGCUCCAAAGUACUCAGCUCGAGCUCGAGUCUGGACCGACAUGUCUUGGUCCACAGCGGCGAAAGACCCUUCCAUUGCCGCUACUGCGGCGACACCUUCACCACCAAUGGAAAUAUGCACCGCCACAUGCGGACCCACACCCACAAAACCGACAAUUACGAAUCCGACGGGAGCACCGACAGCGGAAGCUCCAAAAGCACCGAAUUCAACAACAAUAAAGUCGAGUCGAAGAAACGCAAACUGGAAAACUCGAGUGACAACGAAACACAGUUUUACAAAUGUCCCGUUUGUGACCGGACCGAUUUUGACUCGAUUGUGGCCCUGGAAACACACUUGGAGGACAAUCAUCCAGAUUAUCCCGCCAAGUGUGGGCAAUGCAACCAAAUCUUCCAAAACAACAAGCUUUUGACCAUCCAUCGCAACACGGUUCAUUCCAGUACCAAGAAACACACUGUUUCUGGGUUCAAAGACUUGACUUUUGUCGACUUCUCCAGCGAGAAGUUUCCUUAUAUCGCGCGGUAUGAGUGCGAGAAGAACCUCCACACGGCUUCCGAUGGACUCACUUUCCAAUGCAAGACCUGCACUAGGGCGUUCCCCUGCUCCAGCUCCUUGCAAAUCCACGAAAAAGACUGCUUGAACCAACACAAUGGGCUGGAUUUGAGCAAAACCCAAGUCUCCGAGAAGGACAUCAGGAGGAAUGAGUUCUUCUCCCGACUUAACUUGCAAGAUAACUCCCCCGAAAAGUUCAUUCCUCCUCAAAUGAGCGAAACUUCGACCAAACUCAGACAACAACUUUUGUCCAAAGUCAUGACCAAUGACUCGAAAGACCUGGCAGAUAUCCAGAGUAUCAUCUCGAUGACCACCAAUGGAAGUCUCUUGCAACAACUUCGCACCAAGAACGAUUUAACUCACGAGACUCAGAAAACAGAACAGGAGGAAGAAUCUCAGGAUUUGUUCGCAGUGGAGUUCCGGAAGAUGAAACUCCGAGGGGAGUUUCCUUGUCGUCUUUGCACGGCAGUUUUCCCCAAUUUGCGGGCCUUGAAGGGGCACAAUAGGGCCCAUCUCAAUGGUAACAACAAUGGGAUGUAUCGGUGCAACAUGUGCCCCCAUUCGUCCAUCGAUAAAGCAGCUUUGAUAAGACACAUGAGGACCCAUAACGGGGACCGACCAUACGAAUGCUCUCUUUGCAAUUAUGCCUUCACCACCAAAGCCAACUGUGAACGGCAUUUGAGAAACCGACAUGCGAAAACAACACGUGAGGAGGUCAAAAAAGCCAUAAUCUACCACCCAUCCGAAGACCCCACCAACGAGGAUUUAAAUAAGUUGGCAGAGCCCCGGAAAACUACCACUGAUGUGACCCCGGAGAAACCCCUCACUCCCUUGAUCCCCACUCUCCUCAAGGAAACGCUCAAUGUCCCCCUUCCGAAAGAACCCCCACUCUUCUCCAAUAUCAUCAGGAGUGAGAAUUUGAAAAGUCUCAAAGAACGCCCCCCAAAUGGCCAAUUCUCCCCUUACUUACCCUAUAACUUCUCGCCUAAAUCCUCAAACGUGUCAACUCCUCAUUUGUCCUCAAAAAUCCACGUCAAGAAUUUAGAGGAGCUCAAAGAGCAGCAAUCGGAUCAGGAAUGUGAGGAUCAAGAGGAGGAACCAAUGAAUCUAGUCCUGGAUUUGAGUAAGAAGAAAGAGGUCAAAAACGAGCUCCCUCAGGAUUUGUCCAAGAAAACUCCAAGUCCCUCACAUGUGAGGGAUUUAUUUGCCCAACAACUACUCAAAAGUCCUCCGAAAAUCGAUCCGGCGGCUCUUUACGCCUCACUUUACCGGAGUAGUUUUCCGGGGUUCACCGGAUGGCCCGGAUUGCCUCUAAACCCGCUCAUUUUCUCCUCCCUGCAACCUCCCAUUCUUCCCCCGGAGUCGCACGAGAUGAAAGAGAGGUUGCAGAGGUACCAGUUUUGUGGCGGGUCAAUGAUCAGUGACAAUUUUACUGAACGAUUGAAGACGUUUCAAAAUCCGGGUUUUGCGCCCGAUUUGAAGAAACCGGAGGAUUUGAAACCGUUGAGCUUGAAUGUGGAGUCGAGUUUUGGAGACAAUUACAAAUUGCAGAGUCCUAUUGCCAAGCCCGAUUUGACUCAGUCCCCGAAUUCGGUCAAAAUGGUGAUCAAAAAUGGGGUUUUGAUGCCGAAACAGAAGCAGAGGAGGUACAGGACUGAGCGUCCCUUCACCUGCGAACACUGCUCAGCGAGGUUCACUCUCAGGUCGAACAUGGAGAGACACAUCAAGCAACAACAUCCUCAGUUUUGGUCGCAACGCCAAAGAGGAGUGAGCAACCCAGGGCGCAAAAGCCAACUGAAGAGUUACUGUGAUCUCAGUAUACCAAACUACGAAGUACCAAAAACUCAGGAUUAUGACGAUACCAAAGAACACAUGGAUGAGAAAAUAAAGUUUGCGAUUUUGGCCCAACAUCUGAGGGUUAAUCAAGAAAUCAAGAAGGAUGAUGAUGAAGAUGGUGAUCUUGUGAUCGACGAGAACGCCGAAAAGGUUGAUUUGAAGACUGAAGAUAACAACCAAAGACAUUUUGAGACGGGAUUUGAACGAAGUAAGAUUCUAGAGGAGAAACUCAGGGAGUUGCAUGCGAAACAGAUCAAGUCGGAGAAAGUGAAGAAUGAAGAGAGUCAGGAUUUGGUACCAGUGUCCAGGCUUUUGGACAAUGCUUCCCAACAACAGUUCAAGGAGUUUUUCAAACGCGAGGGGGAGGAGCCGGAAGUGGGAGGCGCCAGCGAGGAGGAUGAAGAAGGGUUGGUCGCCAGUGGGAGCACUAGCGAAGGGAACAUCUCAGGAACGGACGAAAAUAAAUCCGAGUCGGAGGCCGCCGCCCCCGCCAAGAAGAAAUCCGCCUACUCCAUGGCCCCCAACCGCGUGAGUUGCCCCUUCUGCAGCCGCAAAUUCCCAUGGAGCUCCUCCCUCCGCCGCCACAUCCUCACCCACACCGGUCAAAAACCCUUCAAAUGCAGCCAUUGCCCUCUCCUCUUCACCACCAAAUCCAACUGCGACCGCCACUUGCUGCGCAAACACGGCAACAACGCCACCACCAUCACCAACGACGCCGUCAACAACAACACCAACUACUUGAUGCGCAACGUCCCCGAACGCCCUUUCAAAUGCUCCAGCUGCCCUAGCAGCACCUUCUCCACCUACUCCAACCUCAAAAAGCACAUCAGUUGCAAACACUCCGGGGACGACAUCAAGGCCCAAGGCUACGAGGCCGGCAGCUCCGAGGACGAGAAACUCCCCCCAAGCGAGACCAAACCCGACUGGGAGGAGCCCAAAAAGGGGCCCACUGAGGCCCCAAUGGUGCAAACCUCCGACCUGCCCUUCAAGUGCCACUUGUGCGACGGCUCUUUCGGGGAGCGCCAGGACGCCCUCGACCACAUCAAAGACAAGCACUUCACCGAGUACGAUUUACUCAUGUCGAAGAAUGCGUUGGACAACAACGCGACAACCCCUGAGGAAGGGGGCCACCACGAGGACGAAGAGAACGACAUGAGGGGCAAAUUCCCGGAUUACUCCAACCGGAAGGUCAUUUGCGCCUUCUGCAUGCGCCGGUUUUGGUCGGCGGAGGACUUGAGGAGGCACAUGAGGACCCACACGGGGGAGCGCCCCUUCAGCUGCGACAUCUGUCGACGCAGAUUCACCCUCAAACACAGCAUGCUGCGUCACCGGAAGAAGCACAACGUCAAUUUUGACAGCGAGGUGGUGGGGAGCGACGAAGACAACAACGCCCCCUCGAAUUUCGAGAAAUUCGCCAAAAUUGACAACAACAACAUGCAAAAUAAGGAGGAAUCGGAUGGGAAUGAAGGUAGCGACUUGAUUAGUAAGUUAUUGGGGAUCAGGGAUAGGUCUAUUAUCGAUAAGGUACUAACGGCAUCUGCCGACGAUGCCGCUAAACUACUUGGGGUCAAAAACGGGGAAAAAGAGUAAUUCGUGUAAUGUAGAUUAUUUAUUUAUUGUGUUUUGUAAAUUUUGUACCUUUUAGUGUAGGCUUGAUUGUAACACUCCGUCUAGUCAACGAAAAUGAGGAAAUAGCUGUAAAAACGAAGCAAAAUGAGUAUAGACUAGUUUCAUGUGUAUAAAACUUAAUUUCGUUGUAAGCAUAAAUUAAUUAAUAUAUUUUUGUACAUAACAAAUAUAAUACGGUCUAGAAUACCAAAUAACCAGGUUAUAACCGGCGGUUUUCCAAAAACCGGCGUUGGGUUUGACUUGUCGAAUAAAGUGUCUUAAAUAUUGCCUUUAGUAUUAAUAUCACUGUAAAGUAAGCAAUAUGUUUGUAUGAAAAAUGCACCCCAGGUGCCAAGCAGGAGGCUUGUUGCAUUUUGUAUGGUUAGAACGACACGUUUUUAUUUCUUGUUGCACUUAUUGAUUAGUAUUGUAUUAUUCACAUUCACGCUGUGUCUUAAAAGUAUUUACGGCUUGCGGUGCGAUUGGGAAAAUCGCACUCACGGAGCAUUUUAGCAAUUUGAAAGCAAUGAGAGUGAUUAGUGUUACAGAUUUGAUGCUUUAAAAAUGGUUAUUAUUGUAAUGCGUUCUCGUUUUCCAUCAAUUUUAGGUAUGCCAUAUUCCUGUAGACUAUAAUGUUGUAUUUAAGUUAGUGUAAAAUGACAUUAUAACCUAUUAUAUUUGUUUGAAUAAACCUUCAUUUCAAUAAAUGAUAAUGCUCAUAAA